CGCCCCUCUGCCUAAGGCUGGCUGCUUCCAGGCGCAACGCGGAGUCAGGACAGACAGGAAGCCUGCCUUAGCCCCCCUGCUGCGCCACUGACCUAAAGCCGCUGGAGGUCCCCUGCAUACAGAUAAUGAGGGAGAGUCCCUGCUGUGAAGAGAUUACAAUCUAAACUGUCAAGAGAGGCCAUGGGAGGUAAGGAUAUUUGCACCCAACAUAGAGCAGAUGCAUGUAGUGGAUCAUUUCAGAGGAAGUCCAACAGAAGAGAAGAGAAAUGUGUUAGUUGAAAGUGCCAGGCUAGCAAGAGGCAACAUUGAAGAUCUGGCUGAACUGAAAGUUGGUGAAUUUGAUGCAGUCAUUUUUCCUGGUGGAUUUGGUGUAGCAAAGAAUCUGUGUUCCUGGGCAGUGGAUGGAAAGAACUGUAGUAUCAAUGAGCUUGUGAAGUCCACUCUUCAGGCUUUCCAUAGUGCUAAGAAACCCAUUGGUUUGUGCUGUAUAUCCCCAGUGCUGGCAGCUAAAGUCUUCCCAGGUUGUGAAGUCACAGUUGGCCAUGAUAAAAAUGUAGAUGGAAGGUUUCCUGAUGCUGAAACAGCAUCUGCUAUAGUAGAACUUGGAUGCAAGCACAUUUGUAAAGAUGUAACUGAAUCCCACGUGGAUGCCACCAACAAAAUAGUCACUACUUGUGCUUUCAUGUGCAAAGCUCCUUUGCAUGAAAUCUUUGAUGGAGUAGGAACAAUGGUGGCAGAAGUCCUGAAACUCAGCUGAGGGAACUCUGACGUCUGCUAUCACCUGCAGUGAAAUGACUACCAGUAAAUAUAAACCAUUUACCUGUACUUAACUAUAUUAAUAAAAUAAUGCAGUUAGUGAG